UACAGAAGGCCCAUUCUUGGGGUGGUUUUGAUUUGAGAAAGCAAAUCCAUCUCCACAUUAUUUUACUUUAAACACAAAUUGAAAUGAAAGUCUGUUUCAGGCAUUAUUUCGUUGAUGUACUUCUCCAUGCUUUCCUUUUCUCUAAUCUUAAUCUAAUGGGGUCGCUUGUUUUCUCUUUGUAACUCUCAAGUUUUUAAGAAAAGUAAGAGGCAGAAGCGCCAGCUUCCUUAAAGUUGAAGCUUUUAUUAUUUGAUACAUUGAAAUGGGUUUUAACAGACCUCAAAAGGUAGCUAAUGGAGUUUCAACCAGAUGGGUUUCUCUUCUCUGCUUUGCUAGUUUCUUCUUGGGUGUUCUUGUUAUCAACAGAUUUUGGGCUGUUCCUGAUCCAAUCAAAAGGGAUGACGAGGCUUCAUCUUUAAAGAAGCAUCAUUCAGAAUUACUGCACCCAACAGUUAAUUGUGAGAAGAAGGAUGCUUCUGUCCAGGCAGGGGACAUUCUUUCUCAAGUUUCUCAAACUCAUGAUGUUAUCAUGACAUUGGACAAAACAAUCUCCUCGUUGGAGAUGCAACUGGCAGCCGCUAGGGCUGCCAAAGGUGAUAAUGAGGAAGGAUCUCCAGCAGUUACAAAAUCAGGAAAUGAAAAAUUAAAGGAACGCCAGAAGGUUUUCUUUGUUAUGGGAGUCAUUACUGCAUUCAGCAGUAGAAAGCGAAGAGAUUCAAUUAGAGAAACUUGGAUGCCUAAAGGAGAGGAAUUAAAGAAGUUGGAGAAAGAGAAGGGAAUAAUAAUGCGGUUUGUUAUAGGACACAGUGCAACUCCAGGUGGUGUUUUGGAUCGUGCUAUUGAUGCAGAGGAUGAGCAGCAUAAGGAUUUCCUACGACUGAAUCAUAUAGAAGGUUAUCACGAACUGUCAUCGAAAACCCAAUUAUACUUUUCAACAGCUGUUGCUAAGUGGGAUGCUGACUUCUACAUAAAAGUUGAUGAUGAUGUGCAUGUGAAUCUGGGCAUGGUUGGUUCUACAUUGGCACGACAUAGGUCAAAACCCCGUGUUUAUAUUGGUUGUAUGAAAUCCGGACCUGUCCUGGCUCAAAAAGGGGUCAAGUACCAUGAACCAGAAUAUUGGAAAUUUGGUGAGGAGGGAAAUAAGUAUUUUAGGCAUGCGACAGGACAAAUAUAUGCAAUCUCCAAAGAUUUGGCCACCUACAUUUCUGUAAACCGGCAUAUACUCCAUAAAUAUGCAAAUGAAGACGUGUCUUUGGGAUCUUGGUUUAUUGGUCUUGAUGUUGAGCACAUUGAUGACCGAAGCCUUUGUUGUGGGACUGCCCCUGAUUGUGAAUGGAAGGCUCAAGCAGGGAAUCCUUGUGCUGCUUCAUUUGACUGGACCUGCAGUGGCAUCUGCAAGUCUGUAGAGAGAAUGGAGGAGGUACACCAGCGCUGUGGGGAGGGCGAUGAAGCUAUCUGGCAUACCAGUUUCUGAAGCCUCCCCGCUGGUUUGUAACAUAUUUGUGUAUGU